GGGUCGUCUCACCCCCGUGGAAGGUCCCCGAGAUCUUCUGGUGCAGAACAGAGCGCAACGGACCCGCGGCAUAAAGAAGAGCAGGGUCCUCGCUUCCUCGGAGGGAUCCCGUAGACCCUGCGCUGCAAAAGUAAAUUUUGCUUUGCCUCUAGGCGACGAUGGGGACUGGCUGGUGGCUGGAGCAUCCAGGCGGGGACUUGUAGAAUGCGGACCACUUCAGCUGCAGUUACUGCGAGCCUGGAAUAAAAUACUGGAGACCCUGGAAAAGAAGUUUUAAAGGACAAAAAGCAAAUGUAUAAAUCAAUGUAUGGAGGUGAUGGAAGCAAAGAUGACUUGCAAGGAUAGAAAGCAGACGCUCAGCAUGUCUUGGUUGCUCUGACAAUGAGCAUCAACUUGUCCCUCAGUAAGGAGAAUGUCUCAGAAAACCUCACACUGCUGGAAGAGGGAGCAGGAAGAAUCACCGAGUCAAUUGCUAUCAUCAUUAUUGCUAUUUUCAUCUGUUUAGGGAAUCUGGUGAUCGUCCUCACUCUUUAUAAGAAGUCAUACCUGCUCACCUUAAGCAACAAGUUUGUUUUCAGCCUCACUCUGUCCAACUUCCUUCUUUCGGUGCUGGUGCUUCCUUUUGUUGUUACCAGCUGCAUCCGUCGGGAAUGGAUCUUUGGAGUUGUUUGGUGCAACUUCUCUGCCCUACUGUAUAUGCUCAUCAGCUCUGCCAGUAUGCUCACACUUGGACUCAUUGCUAUCGACCGAUACUAUGCUGUCUUGUACCCCAUGGUUUACCCUAUGAAGAUUACGGGUAACAGAGCUGUUGUUGCCAUUGUGUAUGUAUGGCUUCAUUCUCUAAUUGGAUGCCUUCCACCCCUCUUUGGUUGGUCAUCUUUAGAAUUUGAUCAGUUCAAAUGGAUGUGUGUAGCUGCAUGGCAUAAGCAGGCAGGUUACACCGCUUUUUGGCAGAUAUGGUGUGCUUUGCUACCAUUUAUAGUCAUGAUCAUUUGCUACGGCUUCAUAUUUCGCGUGGCCAGGAUUAAGGCACGGAAGAUUCACUGUGGCAGUGUGGUCAUUGCAGCGGAAGACACGCAAAGGAAUGGGAGAAAGAACUCGAGUACUUCAACAUCCUCAUCAGGCAGCCGAAGGAAUGCUUUCCAGGGGGUCGUUUAUUCUGCCAAUCAGUGCAAAGCUUUGAUCACAAUUUUAGUUGUCAUCGGGGCUUUUGUCGUCACAUGGGGGCCUUACAUGGUGGUUAUCACAUCUGAGGCACUUUGGGGUAAAAACUGCAUUUCCCCUGCCUUUGAGACAUUAGCAACAUGGUUAUCUUUUACAAGUGCUAUUUGCCACCCUUUGAUUUAUGGACUCUGGAAUAAAACUGUACGCAAGGAGUUACUGGGAAUGUGCUUUGGAGAUCGGUACUACAGAGAAUCAUUUGUUCAAAGGCAAAGGACAUCCAGAUUAUUUAGUAUUUCUAAUAGGAUCACAGAUCUAGGAUUGUCUCCACAUCUGACAGCUCUCAUGGCAGGGGAGCGGACUUUAGGACACAGCAGCAGCACAGGAGAUACAGGCUUCAGUUGCUCUCAGGAUUCAGGGACAGAUGUUAUGCUGCUUGAAGAUUAUAGUUCUGAUGGAUUUAAUCACCCACAUUGCGUUUACCCUCAUCGACGGAGUUCUGUAACUUUUGAAGAUGAAGUGGAACAAAUUAAAGAAGCAGCAAAGAACUCUAUCCUUCAAGUAAAGGCUGAAGUUCACAAAUCUCUGGAUAGUUAUGCAUCCAGCUUGGCCAAAGCAAUUGAAACGGAUGUGAGGAUCACCUUGUUUGGAGGAGAUGCCCUGUCUGGCUCUUUGUUCCCAGCACGAACUGUGGCAGGCAACAAUGCAAGUGCACGGCGUGGCGGCAGGGUCCACAUUGGACAAAAAAUACAACUACAGAGCAUUGAAGAAGGGAACACUUAAAAUUGCUCCAAUAAAAAGAAUAGGAAAAAAAUACACUGAAAACUGUUGUACAGCCACGAUUCUUUGCAAGGAAAGCAAAACAGGUCCCAGUGUUUUAAGCAAAGCUUUAAGAAUUCCCAAAGAAUUAUCUUAACACAGUAUUAGAGAACAAAGUAACUCAAAAUAUUGGGAAAUCAAAAGUAUGAAAGGGUUCACUGAUCCCUAAAUAAUAAAGCACAAGUUAUUUCACUAUUUCGGUAGCAUACAGCAGCAUUUCCCAAGUUGGACACUAACCAGAAGUGUAGACUUCAGCUGCAAGUUCUUCAAACAACAUGGCUAUGACUGAGAAUUCUAAAAAUUAAAGCAACAGGAACUCUCAGGUUGGGAACAGCAGCCAUUGUGUUUCUGGCUGGAACCUUUUUCUGCUUUUUAAAAACUUUAUAAAAACAGUUCACUGCUAAAGUAAUCCCAUCCCUCCAAUACUUUAAUUUUGUCCAGGUACUUAUGGAAAAAAAUAUAAUAAAACGCAAAUGAGGCCUAUCAAA